GGUACCCACUGCUCACACCCAAUCUGAUCUCCCAGUGGGAACAAGAGGAGGAACUGCAGACAGUGAAGACAGAACUUAUCCAGGGCAUCUGUACGGAGCAGCACCAGGAAGGCUUUGAGUCUCUACUUAAUACUAAGGAAUUAGUUGUUCUUCAAGAUAACAAUGGAGAAAAAAUAUCCAAUGAACAGAAAAUAGUGAGAUUCAAAAGAAAUGGUUCCUGCUCCUCUAUUUUACAUGAAAACCAGGACUUCCAUGGUGUGGAUGAUUGGAUCAAAAGCCAUGAGAAAGGUUUAAGUCAUGUGGUAGAGAACAUCUGUGAAUACAAUGAAGAAAAUCAAUGUGGACAAAUUUCAAAUCUUAUGCUCCAGAGAACUACUGAAGUCAAAUCCUUUGAAUGCUGUGAGUGUGGAAAGUCCUUCCUGUUUCAUUCAUCACUUAAGAAUCACACCAGAUCUCAUGCUGGAAACAAACCCUAUCAGUGUAAGGAAUGUGGGAAAGCCUUCCAUUUUCUUGGUGGUUUUAAGAAGCAUAUGAAAACUCCUACUGAAGAAAAACCAUAUGAAUGUAAGGAAUGUAUAAAGGCCUUCAGUUGUUCCUCCCUGUUCAGAGCACAUAUGAAAAUUCAUAGUGAAAAGGCAAAGUAUGAAUGUAAGGAAUGUGGGAAAACCUUCAGUAGUUCUUCCCACCUCACAGAACACAAAAGAAUUCACAGUGGAGAUAAGCCCUAUGAAUGUAAGGAAUGUGGGAAGGCCUUUAGUUGUUCCUCAUCACUCUCGAAACACAAAAGAAUUCAUAGUGGAGAUAAGCCAUAUAAAUGUAAGGAAUGUGGGAAGGCCUUUAGCUCUUCCUCUCAUCUUAUAAGACAUAUAAGAAUUCACACAGGAGAGAAGCCUUAUGAAUGUAAAGAGUGUGGGAAGGCCUUCAGUGAAUCCUCAAAACUCACUGUACAUAUGAGGACACACACCGGAGAGGAACCCUAUAAAUGUAAGGAAUGUGGGAAAGCCUACAACUGCCCCUCCUCCUUAAGUAUCCACAUGAGAAAACACACUGGAGAGAAACCUUAUGAAUGUCUGGAAUGUGGAAAAGCCUUCUAUCUUCCCACUUCCCUGAACACACAUGUGAGCAAUCAAAGUAGAGAGAAACCCUAUGAAUGUAAGGAAUGUGGGAAGGCCUUCAGUUGUCCCUCAUCCUUUAAAGCACAUGUGAGAGAUCACAAUAGUAAGGUGCAAUAUGAAUGUAAGGAGUGUGGGAAGGCCUUUAGUCAUUCCUCAUCCCUCACUGAACACCUAAGAACUCACAGUGGAGAAAAGCCUUAUGAGUGUAAGGAAUGUGGGAAGGCCUUCAUUAGUUCUUCCUAUCUUACAGUACAUAGAAGAACUCACACUGGAGAGAAACCUUAUGAAUGUAAAAAAUGUGGGAAAGCMUUUAUUYGUUUCUCAGCUCUUAGUAUCCACAUGAGAWCCCACACUGAGGAAAAACCCUAUGWAUGUAARGAAUGUGGGAAGGCAUUUCGACAUUCUUCAUCCCUUACUAUACAUKCAAGAMUGCAUACUGGAGAAAAACCYUUUGAAUGUCUGGAGUGUGGAAGAGCUUUCCGUUCUCCCUCAUCCUUUGGGAUACAUGUGAGAAGCCAUACUGGAGAGAAACCAUAUGAAUGUAAGGAAUGUGGGAAAGCCUUCAGUAGUUCUUCCCAUCUUACAGUACAUAGAAGAACUCACACUGGAGAAAAACCUUAUGAAUGUAAAAAAUGUGGGAAAGCCUUUAUUUGUUUCUCAGCUCUUAGUAUCCAUAUGAGAAUCCACACUGAGGAAAAACCCUAUGAAUGUAAGGAAUGUGGGAAGGCAUUUAGACAUUCUUCAUCCCUGACUAUACAUGCUAGAAUGCACAGUGGAGAAAAACCCUUUGAAUGUCUGGAGUGUGGAAGAGCUUUCAGUUCUCCCUCAUCCUUUGGGAUACAUGUGAGAAGCCAUACUGGCAGGAAACCAUAUUAAUAUAAGGAAUGUGGCAAAGCCUUUAUUUGUACAGCCUACUUUCGAAGACGUGAAAAUUCACACAAGGGACAACAUAUAAAUGUAAGGAGUAAGGGAAUCUCUGCAAGACUUUUUCUGAACUAAUGCAGUUUGUGGAGUCUCAUUUUGUGAAGUGUCAUACUGUAGAGACUCUAUAAAUAUGAGAAAGUGAAUAGUUGAGGACAACUGAGAGAAACCCUGUGUUUGUAAGCUAUAAGGUAAAGCCUUUUGAUUUUGAACAUAACUUGUGCCGCAGUCUGGCUGGGCUGUGCAAAGUAGCUGGUGGGGGGUGGGGCGACAAGCAACUUGUGAAGGUGGAAACAGCGGGAGCCGCUGUGUUCAGACCAGCAGAGGUAUAUAUACCCAAGUGAAUACAGACAGCUUAUCUCAAUUAAUAUCAUCCAGUUACAGCAAUCAGUCAUUAAGGAAUCCUCACCAUCUUAAUAAUCAGACACAGCUUAACUCA